AUGAAGUAUAUUUUCUCUUUUUUAGAAUCAACUACCACUGCAAGUGCGGUUAAAACAUCAACAACAACAACUGUUGUCAAUAACACUAACAAAGUUGGUACUUCUACCGAAACGCUGUUGAUAAACACCAAAGGAACAGCUGUCUUUGAGACUCGUGGAUCAACAUCUGACGAAGCAACUCACACAUCAUCAUCAACCUUACAAAAAACAACCACUCAAGCUUCGAACUCUCCGAUUUCUAAUGAUAACCAGUCGAAAACAGUAGCACGCACAGCAAAUUCUGGGAGUACACCGCCAUUCAUUUCUGACACUCAGACUUUUGGUACGAGAACAAAUGAUACGACUGUGACAGACGCAAUAACUGAUGAAGAUACUGUUACAGCCGUAGAAACAAACAAACUUACAUCUUUAUCUUCUAAUACUGUCACUACCACUAAGAAUGUUGGUACCACUGCAGACACACCGUUGACAAACAAAGAACGGACAUUUACUGUCUCUAAGAUUAAUAAAUCAUCAUCUGACGAAACCACUCACACAGCUACAGCAAACUUGCUAGAGACAGCCGCAGAUCAAUUUUCGGUCUCUCAGAUUACUAAUAACAAAUCGACAGAAACGACGGAAACCAUGGCUAGACCAGAAACGCCAACAAAAACGUCUACAUCCAUAUCUGACACUCAGGCGAUCGGCUUUACAACAGAUGAUACUACGGCGACAGAAACAAAAACUAGUGAAACUACUGUCACAGACGCAAAAUCUAUCGAACUCACCUAUUCAUCGAAUAUUGUUGGCCCUACAAAUACCACUAUUGGUACUACCGCAGAAAAACGGUUGAUAGAUACGGAUGGUACAACUACUGUUCCCGAGACUCAUGGAUCACCAUCUGACAACACGGCUCAAACAUCAGCAACAUUAUUAAUGGAGACAACCGCUGAUCAAGCUUUGAGUUCUCAGAUUACUUAUGAUGAACCGAGGGAAAUAUCGAACAUAAUAACUAACUCAACAACGCCAACAAAAACACAAGCAACCAUUUCUGAGAGUCAAACAAUUGACUUUACAACAGAUGAUAGCAAUUUGACAGACGCAAUACCCCAUGAAGAUGCUGUCACAGCUGCAGAAACCAUCAAAAGUACUUCUAUAUCUAAUACUGUUGUCACUACCACGAACACUGUUGACACUUCCGUUACAAAGCCGUUGAAUAAUACCAAAGGUACAACUGUCUUUGAGACUCAUGGGUCGAAAUCUGACGAAACAACUCGCACAUCAACAUCAACCUUGAUAAAGACAACCGCUCAGCAAACUUCGAACUCUCCACCUACUUAUACAAAACUGGGGGUGACGACAGAAACUAUGGUUGGCUCAAAAGCCCAAACGAAAACACCGGCAUUUAUUUCUAACACUAAGACGAUUGGCUCAAGAAAAGUUGAUACAACAAUAAGUGAAGUUUCUGUAACAGCUGCAAAAACAAUCAAACAUUUCUCUAUAACAAAUACUAUUGGUACUACGGAAGAAACCCCAUUGAUAAACACCGAAGGUAUGACUACAGUCUCUGAGACUCGUGAUCCAGGAUCCGAUGCAAUAACUCACACAGCAGUAACAACAUUGCUUGAGACAACCACCGAACAAGCCCUUGUCUCUCCGACUACCAAUAAUAAACCGAUGGAAAUGACAGACACUACAGCUAGCACAGCAAUGCCAACUAAAACUAUCUCUGAGACUCAAGGACCAACAUUUGACAAAAGCACUCACACAGCAGCAAUAACCUUACAAAAAAACACUCAAGCUUCGAACGCUCCGAUUACUAAUGAAAACCAGACGAAAACAAUAACAAGCACAGCAAAUCCUGGGAGUAUUCCGCCAUUUAUUUCUGACACUCAGACUAUUGGUACUAGAACAAACGAUACCACUGUGACAGACGCAAUAACUGAUGAAAAUACUGUCACAACUGCCAAACUUAUGCCUAUCAUUAUUGGCACUUCUACUAAGACUAUUGGUACUACGGCAGAAAAUCAGUUCAUAAACACAAACAAUACAUCUAUUGUCUCUCAGAAUCAUGGAAGACCAACUGACGAAACCACUCACACAGCAGCAACAAACUUACUAGAGACAACCACUGAUCAAUCGUCGGUCUCUUCCUUUACGAAUUACAAACGGACAAAAACAACAAAUCCUAUAGCUAGACCAGAUACGCUAAUAAACACGUCUGCGUUCAUAUCUAACACUCAAAUGAUCGGCUUUACAACAGAUGAUAAUACGGCUACAGCCACAACAAUAAGUGAAGCUACUGACACAGACGCAUAUGCCAUACAACGUACCUCGAUGUUUAAUACUGCUGGCAUAACUACUAAGACUGUUGGUAGUAUCCCUGAUAAACAUUUGACAAACACAGAAGGUGCAGCUACGAUUUUUGAGACUAAUGAACCAACAUCUGAUGAAACAACUUACACCGCAGCCAAAUCACUUGUAACAAUAACCGUUGAUCGAGCUUCGGACUCUCCGAACCCUAAUGAAAAUCCAAUGGAAACGACGGAAACCAUAGGUAGCUCGACAACGCAAACAAAAACGUCUAAAUCCAUGUAUGACACUCAGACGAACGACUUUAAAACAGAUGAUACCAUGAUGACAAACACUUCAAUUAGUGACGCUCCUGACACAAACGCAAACACAAUCCAUCUUACUUCGAUGUCUAAUACCACAAUGACCAAUGGCACUACCACCGAUAAACAUUUGAUUAGCACAAAAGAUACAAAUACUGUUUUUGAGACUUAUGAACCAAAAUCUGACGAAACAUUUUUCACAGCAGCAACAACCCUGGUAACGAUAACCGCUGAUCAAUCUUCGGUCCCUCCGAUUGCUAAUGAUAAACCGACGAAAACGACAGAAACCAUAGCUAGCUCGGAAACGCCAACACAAACGUCUCAAUCCAUUUAUGACACGCAGACAAUCGGUUUUACAACAGAUGAUAAUACAGUGACAGACACAACAACUAGUGAAGCUACUGUAACAGCUGCAAAAACCAUCGAGGCUACCUUAAUAUCUAAUACUGCUGGUAUAACCACAAGGACCAUUGGUACUAUCACCGAUAAGCAUUUGACAAACACAGAAGGUACAACUACUGUUUCUGAGACUCGCGGAUUAACAUCUGACGAAACAACUUAUACAGCACCAACCACCCUGCUACAGACCACCGCUGCUCCAGCUUCGGUCACUUCGAUUGUUAAUGAUAAAAUGACGGAAAAGAUGAAAACCAUAGCUAACUCAGAAACGCCAACAAAAACGUCUACAUCCAUAUCUGACACUCAAACGAUCGGCUUUACAACAGAUGAUAUAACGAUGACAAACACAACAACUAUUGAAGCUACUGACACAGCUGCAAAAAACAUCCAACUAACCUCGAUGUCUAGUUCUGUUGGCAUAACCACUAAACUUGUUGGUAAUAUCCCCGAUAAACAUUUAACAAACACAGAAGGUACAACUACUGUUUCUCAGCCUCAAGAACCACCAUCUGACAAAACCACACACACAGCAGCAACAACUCUGCUAAAGACCACCGCUGAUCAAACUGCAGACCCUUCGAUUACUAAUGAUAAACCGACGGAAACGACGUACUCCAUAGAUUACUCACAAACGCCAACAAAAACGUCGACGUCCAUAUUUGACUCUCAAACGAUCGGCAUUACAACAGUUGAUACUAUGAUAACAGACAAAACAAUUAUUGAAGCUACUGACACAGGCUCAAACAUAAUCCAACUCACGUCGAUGUAUAAUACUGCUGACAUAACUUCUAGUAUCAUUGGUACAACCACCGAUCAACAUUUGACCAACACAGAAGGUACAACUAUUGUUUCUGAGACUCAUGAACCACCAUCUGACGAAACAACACACACAGCAGCCACAAUUUUGCUAGAAACAUCUGCUGGUCAAUCUUCGGUCACUCCCAUUACUAAUUAUAAACCGACGGAAACGAUGGAAGCCACAGUUAGCUAUGAAACGCCAAUAAUAAGGUUUACAUCCAUGUUUGACACUCAGACAAUCGGUUUUACAACAGAUGAUAAUACGGUAACAGACACAACAACUAGUGAAGCUACUGUAACAGCUGCAAAAACCAUCGAGGCUACCUUAAUAUCUAAUACUGCUGGUAUAACCACAAGGACCAUUGGUACUAUCACCGAUAAGCAUUUGACAAACACAGAAGGUACAACUACUGUUUCUGAGACUCGCGGAUUAACAUCUGACGAAACAACUUAUACAGCACCAACCACACUGCUACAGACCACCGCUGAUCCAGCUUCGGUCACUUCGAUUGUUAAUGAUAAAAUGACGGAAAAGAUGAAAACCAUAGCUAACUCAGAAACGCCAGCAAAAACGUCUACAUCCAUAUCUGACACUCAAUCGAUCGGCUUUACAACAGAUGAUAUAACGAUAACAAACACAACAACUAUUGAAGCUACUGACACAGCUGCAAAAAACAUCCAACUAACCUCGAUGUCUAAUACUGUUGGCAUAACUACUAAACGUGUUGGUAAUAUCCCCGAUAAACAUUUAACAAACACAGAAGGUACAACUACUGUUUUUCAGUCUCACGGACCAACAUCUGACGAAACCACACACACAGCAGCAACAACCCUGAUAAAGACCAACGCUAAUCAAAGCGCAGACCCUUCGAUUACUAAUGAUAAACAAACGGAAACGACGGACUCCAUAAAUAGAUCAGAAACGCCAACAAAAAAGUCUACACCCAUAUCUAACACUCAGACGGUCGGCUUUAUAACAGAUGAUCCUACGAUGACAGACACAGCUAGUGAAGCUACUGUAACAGCUGCAAAAACCAAUGAACUUACCUCGAUAUCUAAUACUGCUAGCAUAACAACUAGGACCAUUGGCGCUACCACCGAUAAACAUUUGACAAGCACGAAAGGUACAGCUAUUGUUUCUGAGACUUAUAAACCAACAUCUGACGAAACAACUUACACGGCAGCAACAACCCUGCUAAAGACAACCGCUGAUUCAGCUUUGGUCACUUCGAUUACGAAUGAUAAAUUGACGGAAACGACGGACUCUAUAGAUAGAUCAGAAACGUCAACAAAAAAGUCUACACCCAUAUCUGACUUUCAGACGAUCGUCUUUACAACAGAUGAUCCUACGAUGUCAGACAAAACUAGUGAAGCUACUGUAACAGCUGCAAAAACCAUCGAACUUACCUCGAUAUCUAAUACUGCUGGCAUAACAACUAGGACCAUUGGCGCUACCACCGAUAAACAUUUGACAAGCACGAAAGGUACAACUAUUGUUUCUGAGACUUAUAAACCAACAUCUGACGAAACAACUUACACGGCAGCAACAACCCUGCUAAAGACAACCGCUGAUUCAGCUUUGAUCACUUCGAUUACGAAUGAUAAAUUGACGGAAACGACGGACCCCAUAGAUAGAUCAGAAACGCCAACAAAAAAGUCUACACCCAUAUCUAACACUCAGACGAUUGGCUUUACAACAGAUGAUCCUACGAUGACAGACACAGCUAGUGAAGCUACUGUAACAGCUGCAAAAACCAAUGAACUUACCUCGAUAUCUAAUACUGCUAUAAUAACAACUAGGACCAUUGGCGCUACCACCGAUAAACAUUUGACAAGCACGAAAGGUACAGCUAUUGUUUCUGAGACUUAUAAACCAACAUCUGACGAAACAACUUACACGGCAGCAACAACCCUGCUAAAGACAACCGCUGAUUCAGCUUUGGUCACUUCGAUUACGAAUGAUAAAUUGACGGAAACGAUUGACUCCAUAGAAACGUCAACAAAAAAGUCUACACCCAUAUCUGACAUUCAGACGAUCGUCUUUACAACAGAUGAUCCUACGAUGUCAGACACAACUAGUGAAGCUACUGUAACAGCUGCAAAAACCAUCGAACUUACCUCGAUGUCUUAUACUGUUGACAUUACCACUAAUACUGUUGAUACUACAGAAGGAGAAUCAUUGAUAAACACAGAAGGUACAACUUUUGUCGUUGAGACUCAUGAACUAAAAUCUGAGAAAACAUCAUUCACAACAGAAACAUCAUUUGUAGAUACAACCGUUGAUCACGCUGCGGACUCUUUGAUCAUGAAUAAUAAACUUACGUCAACAUCCGCAAGUAGUGUCGAACUUUCUUAUAGAACUACUAAUAAGAAUAUUGACAAAUCCGCUGACAUUUCAUCUACAAACACCGAAGGAACAACUAUUUUCUCUGAGACUCAUGAACCACCAUUUGACAAAACAGCUAACACAUCCCUUACAACCUUGGUAGAGACAACUGCUGGUCAAGCUUUAGUCUCUCCGAUCACAAUUAAUAAACAGAUGGAAACGACAGACACAAAAGCUAGCGCGGCAACGCCAACAAAAACGCUGGCAUCCAUUUCUGAAACAAAUGGAUUUACAACAGAUUAUACGACUGUGACAGACGCAACCAUUAAUGAAGCUACUGUCAUAUCCGCAAAAAAACUUACCUCUGUGUAUAAUACUCCUGGAACUACCACUAAUAAUAUCGAUGACAAAACCGUUAAUAUUCAAUUGACUAACAACGAAGGUACAACUGUCUCAAAGACUCAUAGAGCGACAGCUGACGAAUCAACUCACAAAGCAACGACAACCUUGCUAGAGACCACAGCUGUUCAAACUUCGAACGCUCCGUUCAAUCAUGAUAAACCGACGGAACUGACGGACACUGUAGCUGGCUCAGAAACCCUUAUGAUAACAUCGGCAUCAAUUUCUGACUUUCAUACGAUUGGCACUAGAACAUAUGAUACGACUGUGACAAAACAACCAACGGAUGAAGUUCCUUUCACAGCCUCAGAAAACAUUAAACUAACCUCUACUUCUGCUCAUAUUGGCACUAUCAUUAACACUGUUGGUACUACCGCAGAAAAUUCGCUGACAAGCACCGAAGGAACAACAACUAUAUAUGAGACUCAUGGACCAACAAUUGACAAAACAACUAUUACAGCGGCUUAUCAACCUUCGAUCAUUCCGAUCACUGAUAAUGGACAAACGGAAACGACAGACACAAUAGAUAGCUCAGCAACGCCAUCGAAAACAACAGCAUCCAUUUCUGAAACUCAGACGGUUGGUCUAACAACAGAUGAUGCUACUGUAACAGACGCAACAACUAGUGAAGCUACUAUCACCGUCGCAAAAACCAUCGAACUUACCUCCAAAUUAAAUUAUACUAGCACUUCCACUUAA